AAUGUCAAAUAAGUGAGUAACAUUAGGGCGCCAUCAUCUAGAAGAAGCCAAACCACACUACACUAGAGUGUGCAGCGCCAUCAUCUGCAUCCAAAAUCUAAACCACAAAACUCACAUUCCCGCGUUUUUGUUUAAACUCACCCUUUCUUUAACCUACUUCUAAUCAAACAAAAACCUCUCCCCAAAUCAUCAUCUUCUUCACUUCACUCCACUGCACUCUCAUUCCUCUUCCAAAUUUCAGUGAAACAAAUUGCGCUACCACCACCAUAUCCCCAAACUCAAAGAGAACGGAGAAAGAGAGAGCUAAUUUAAUCGCAGAAGACGAAAAUGUCAAAAUCAAAGUCAUUUCAAGGCGUAAACGUGUUCAUGUCGCGAAACCUAGUUCCGCCGGAAGUAUUCGACACGCUUCAUGACGCCGUUAAAAAUAACGGCGCUCAGAUUCACCUUUGUUGCGAUCCUUCCCGUAAUGGCCCCAAUGAUUAUCACAUUAUUUCUUGCAGUAAACACGAGAAAUUUGAAGAUCUUAAAUCCAAAGGCUGUAAAAUGCUAGGUCCUAGAUGUGUUCUUUUGUGUGCUAAAGAACGAAGGCCUCUGCCUAAACAAGGUUUCACCUGUUGCUUUACUAUGGACGGUGUCAAAAUACUUGCCUCUGGCUUUGAUGCGGACGAGAAGGUUAAAAUAGAAAAAUUAGUGACUGAAAUGGGGGGAGCUCUACAGACUAAACCGUCCUCAGAUUUGAACUUUGUCAUUGUGAAAAAUGUUUUGGCUCUAAAGUACAAGUGGGCUUUGAAUAUCCUGAAGAAACCAAUAGUUACUUAUGAAUGGUUAAAACAAUGCUCAGAUGAGCAUCGCGUUGUUCCUCAAGAGUCAUAUAAGGUUCUUCCUUUCUCGGGGCUAAAGAUCUGCGUGACUGGAAUCCCACCAGAUCAGCGGAAAGAGAUGGAAAAGCUUAUUCUACAAAAUGGUGGAGAAUACUCUGCAGAAUUGACAAAGAAGUGCACACAUUUGAUUUCUGAUGCUCCUGAAGGUGAUAAGUAUAAGGUGGCAAAACGUUGGGGCCACAUUCAUAUUGUGACAAUGAAAUGGUUUGAUCAAUCUGUUGUCCGGAGAGCAUGUCUGAAUGAGGAGUCCUACCCUGUACAGAGUGGAUCUUUAUCUUCACGUAAGGUGACUAGGGACUCAACUGUGAAGCAUAGCCAGGAAAGGGAUAUUGGGAAAAUGCAAUCUGGGUCAUCCUCAAGAGCCGCAGAUUCAAAUAUGCUAGUUUCUGAUUGUGCCGAGUCUAUGGAUUUAGAUCUAGACGCUACACAGUCAGAACACAUGUCGUCUUUUUCAAAUGUUCCAUUAUUUGUUAAAGAGGCAGACGCUGAAGCACCUCCAUUGCAGAAUGAAUUGAACUUGGACGGUGCUGUUGCCAAUGAUUCUGAAUCCGAUGACAAUGACCUGUACUUGGCAGAAUGUAGGAUAUUACUUGUUGGUUUCGAAGCUUCUGAAAUGCGGAAGCUUGUUAAUAUGGUGCGUAAAGGUGGAGGCUCCCGAUACAUGUAUUUUAAUGAUAAGUUGACACACAUAGUAAUUGGGAAUCCUACAGAAAUGGAAAAGAAGGAGGUAAGAAGUAUUGCCGCUCUUGGUGUCGUUUAUGUUGUUAAAACCUCAUGGCUUGAAGACUGUGACCGUGUAAAGAAACAAGUCCCCGUUCUUCGACGACACAUUGCAUGUGAUCUUCUUCUUCCAAAAGGAAAAGGAGCAGUAACUGGCAUUAUGCCUAUGGAUCAAAGUAAAAGCUCAAGCUUUCGUCAAAGCUAUCAGACUAAUCAGGUGGCGGGUGUUAAGGACUUUGGAGUUACAAUACCAGAAUCAUUGGAUAAAAGCAAACAAGAGAAACACAGUAUGGGUAUGAAUGUUGUCACAUUCGGUAAAGCAUCAGAUAGAACUAUGCCGCAAACUCAACAUCCUGAUAAAACAUUGAGGGUACAAAAGAGUACGCAACAUGACUCCAAUGUACAUGUGAAGUCAAUUCAUGUUUUCAAAGGGAAAACAUUUUGUUUCUCAAAUUUAUUUCCAGAAGAAAGGAGACCUGAGAUUGUUCAAUGGAUAAGUCAAGGGGGAGGAGAGCUAAUAAGUGGGCAAACAAAACAGAUUAUCCACUAUACUAUUGAAUGUCAUGGUGUGAAACCCAGGUCAACAGUUGAUUAUGAAAGUAAAUAUAUUUCCAGUCACUGGAUACGAUCUUGUUUGGAGGAUGGAUCCUUGCUGGAUGUGGACAGUCAUAUUCUUUAUUCUCCACUUCCCUGCCGUGUUCCCUUGCCUGGUUUUGAAAGCCUCCGGUUUUGUGUUUCACAAUAUGAGGAGAAGGACAGAAUUCUACUUUGGAACAUGUGUAAGGUUCUAGGAGCUAAAUUUGCAGAGAAAUUGUCUAAGAGGGUCACCCAUUUGUUGUGUAAAUUCACCAAUGGGCCCAAGUAUGAGGCUUCUUGUAAGUGGGGGAUCCGAUCAGUUACAUCUGAAUGGAUAUUUGAAUGUGUUAAACAGAAUGGAGUUAUUGCAAUUGAUCAAUUUUUGCCCAAAGAAGUCACUAGUCAAGACCGAGAGGCAGGAGUUUGCACAGUGAGUCAAUUUCCUACCCAGGCUGUUCGAAUGAUAAAUGACACGCCGUCCCAGUUUCCAAGUCAAUCACAAAGUUUGAGAAGCACAACAAAUAAAAAUGUAGAUAGGGGAGUUGACAAUCAUAGGACUCGUUCUAAAACAUCAAGCAUUAAUAGCAAAAAGGCAAGGCUCGUCGAAGAACCUGACCAGUAUAAUAAGGCGCCUUCUGCAGUCAAUUCAGGCAUUCAUGUCUCUGACUUUAAUUUUUCUGAAGACAAUAUGCUCAAAGAUUCUCGGGAGGUAUCCCAUGCUGGUCCUGAUGUUGCUACUGCUAUAGAGGACUUAUUAGAGCAGACAAGCAAGAUGCAUGAUCAGAGGUCUCCAGGGAAUACAGGGUGUGAGAGAAGUAUUUACUCAUCUGAUUGUUCAGCCAUUGGCCAAGACAAUCCAAAUCCUCACACUGUCUACGGAUUAUCAAAGCACUGGUUAAACAGAAAUGGAAGAAACGGAGAUAAUGGUGAGACUCCUCCUCAAGAGCGAAAAGCUGGAAUGUAUGAUGGUUUUAGUGAAACACAAACAGAAUCUCAGGUUGUUAGUUAUGAAGAAGACUUGUCUGGAAGGCAAAUGCUUAUAGAUAGAGUUCUAACUCGAAGUAGCAUGCAGUGAAAUACAAUCCUCCUUGAAGGAAAAUUUCAGUAGAGCAGUUUCCUUAUUUGAUGGUCUGAUGGUAAUUUUGACCAUAUAAGCCAAUGCACAAGAAUGUGUUUUGUGUUUCAGGAUCAGCAUAUGUUAAAAAUAAACUCAACCUUUGCCAGCUAAUAGAGGAAACUUAAGUAGCAGGUUAGUAUAUGAUGUUAAUAUCAACAUUUGUUGUAUGUAGGUUUGAUUACAUCAUCAGCUUAGUUAGAGAAGUAGUACCCCUCAUCCUCCAAAGUUAUUUGAUAAGUGUACAAUAAAUGGCAGGGUUUUUGAAUUUAUUUGCUGUAACUUGCUAAUGGAAAUAAGACUCAGCCAAGUAAAAAGGAAAGUGGUCAUUUAAUCACGACUUCCUUGUUCAGUUUUACAGUUUUACCAGACUGUCAAGUAAAUUGCAGAGUAGCUCUCUUUAUUGUUAUUUUAGUGGAAUGGGUGGAAGAAAGGGGGGAUUUCCAUUUGCUAAAGUUGUUUUGAGGAGCAAAUUCUGCUGUCAUGUCUUCUGAUUGGAUAAGCAGGAUGCUUUUGGCAAAUUGGAAAUCACAUGACAUUAGGGCGGAUACAUUCAAAUGGCUUCUCAGCAAGAGUCUGUGUUCUGACCUAUCAAAUGCUUUAGUGUUUAUCUAAAAGCCCAGGCAAUAGUUGUGUCCCAGAGAGGAUGUUGAUAUUGUUAGAUUAUCAAUUUAACGCACUGAUUUGCCUAGCUUUGUCUUCUAAGUUAAAUUAAGAUAUUUCACCCUUAUGUCAUGCUUAGUGCAUGUAAUGAUUACUUGUAAAGAUCCUAGCAAAUGGAAACAAAUAACAAAUUCUGAACAGAAUACACGAGGAAGAGCCCAUAAUAUUGCAAUAGACAUGGUCUAGAGUUGCUUAGGGUCAGAGACAACACUGAUGUUAGUUGUAAGAAAUAAUUUCAUUCCUUUAAACCUUGCACUCUCCCAAGUCGAAUCAACUUUGCUUUUGGCGUUGCAUAGGGAUUUUGAUCUAUGAUUCAUAAAGGCAAAAAAGAGAAAAAAAAAAUCUAGUGCUUUGAUUUUUGUCAUGAAAUGGUAACUGUUAGAUAA